AUGAAUCCAGAUAAAACUGGCGAUUAUAAUAGUAUAAUUGAUGAUAAUGGUGUAGAUAAUACGAAUAAAGAUCAAACCAAUGAAUAUUUUUUAAUAGAUAAAGAUAUUGAUACUGAAGUUAAUAAUAAUGAUAAAGAAGGUGAUGAAGCCAAUAAUGAUAUAGAGAAAAUUAAUAAAAAUUUUCCAAGAAACUAUGAUGAAGUUAAUAGUUAUGUAUUAACAACAAAAAAUAAUGCUGAUAGUGUUGAUAGAUAUAUAAUCAGUAACAAUUAUGAUUAUAAAAACUAUACAAAAUAUAGGAAAGAAGAACAACAGCAAAUAAUUUACAGAUUAUGA